AUGUAAUGUCCUGUUACAGCCAAUCCCCGUCAAGUACACCAAAUACCUACGUCUAGCAAAUUUAAUAUGGGAGAUUCGGACCCGUGCUGAAAAAUACUGACAGAAGACUGACAGUUACCAUUUUCUUCCAGUGUUCAUUUUUUAUUUACAUUUUACCAAUGAGCUACUUUCUAUUAAUGAUAUUUUUUUAGUUUAGGGUGCCCAAUUGUGAGGAGGUUAUUACCUACAUCUUUUAUUUAUAAUUUAUUUUAUAAGUGGGUACGGGUGGGUGGAAAUCUGUCAAAAUGAUGGCUGGUAAAGUAAUGUCCGAAACAGAAGAUCAGAACCGCAUAAGAUUUCAAGUGGAGCUUGAAUUUGUGCAGUGCCUGGCGAACCCAAACUACAUACACUUUUUGGCUCAACGUGGCUACCUAAAAGAGCAGACGUUUGUCAACUACCUCCGAUACUUACAAUAUUGGCGGGAACCAGAAUAUGCACGAUACCUGAAGUACCCAAUGUGUCUACAUUUCUUGGAGCUACUGCAACAUGAAGCAUUUAGGAGAGAAUGUGUCUCUGCACAGGUAUGCAAAUUCAUGGAUGACCAAGCAAUUCUCCUGUGGCAGCACUAUACGCGGCGGCGCACGCGCAUCCUGCAGCCGCCCGACGCGCCCGCGCCCCCCGCGCCGCCCGCCCCGCCCGCGCACGCCCCGCCCAGGCAACAGUCGUGAAUACAUACUUGCAGACACUUAAAGUUUAAUUAACACUCAUGUAAGCAAGCUUCGGAUAGGAAAAUCUACCCAAUAUAUUUGAUAACACUUCGGACUAAAGAAGUUCCUGUGACGGCUUUUAAUGAUUAAAAAUUGGACUAAUCACACAGAUCUAGCCCAAAAUUAAGAACGAAAUUAUAUACAUCUUAUAAAAAGUAUGUACAAACAAAAAGAAACUACCUACCUGUUUAAAAAUUGCAAUAUAUUGCAAUAUUUGUAUAUAGAUGUGACGGUAUAUCUACAUGAAUUCUGUUCGAAAUCUUGUUCAUAGACUGAUUUAUAUGUAAAAUAUUGUAGAUAUUAAGAUAGUAUAAUAUUAAAAUAAGGAUUUUUUUAUUUAAUA